GUUCAGCCAUUUUAUCGAGGCAUAUUAUUUCGCGCAGAGAGACUCAACACAGAAAAAUCUUCUUUGUUUAAAGAUUUUUGAGUGCUAAGAAAUCGUUAUCAAUGCUAUGAGCAAAGAAGAUCCUCCCCCAAGCCCUGGCCAUGGCCUAUUUGAUCCCACUAAUCAUCUUCUGGGUCCACCACCCACAUCAAUGGCUGGAGGUCUGCCAUUUCCUUCUUUAGCUCAUCUUCCCAGUGCUUUUUCUCUGCUCGGACGUCAGCCUAUGUUCGCACCUUCAUUAUUUGGUGGACUCGGAGCCCUGUCAAGCCCUUUAUUAAAUCCUGCUUUCAAUCCAGCUGCAGCUGCCUAUCUAGCUGGUGUACAGAAACAUUUUGUUGAAUCACUUUCACCACCACCAUCAUCAUUAAAAUCAUCGUCUAAAUCAGCGCCAUCUCCGACCUCACAGAAACGUUCGUCAUCCUCAUCCUCCAAACGAGUCACAAGUAGUCCAUGCAGCACAGCAUCAUCAUCAGCCAGCAGUCAUCAAGUCAAUGGAAGAUCCCCCACCCCUACAUCUGCCACAGUUUCUUCUAAAUCCACCAUCAGUUCAGGAGAAGGCUCAAGAAAACGAAAACAGAAAGUACCUAAAGCAGUGGCUGUUCCAAUAUCCUCCUCCGUAACAAAAUCUUCACCAUUAUCCAUUCCAUCUUACCCUAAAAUAAAAUCAACGUUUAACUCCUCAAAAAUACCUAAUCAAAUCCCCAAAAAAGAACAGAAAGUGGACAAUGGAAUGCUAUCAGAUAGCGACAGUCAUUCAUUGGUUAGUUCAGGAAGUUCGAUCAGUGAUGAUAGUUACGCAGAUAAUAUCACCAGUGAUGACGAGAGGCAAAGAAGAAAAAAACUGAAAGUAGGUGAGGACGACGAUAACAAAUACCAGAUAACGCCACAUCAAAUCGAUGGACUAAAGAAACAACUUCUAGCUGAUCAGAUCCGACAACGUGUUCAAAAUAAAAACAACUCUGAAAUAUCACCUCAACAAUCACCCAAAAAUAAAGAACGCAAACCAAAAAAUCCCAAAUUUCUGUCUCAAAUAGAAAAUGAAGAUCAGCUGUCUCAACAGGAAGAAUUAAAACAUCAAUUAGAGGUGGAGUUAAAACAACAGAAGAAUCGAUUACGUUUAUUGAUGAAAGAAGCCGAGAAUCAGAAGUCACAAGACAACACGUCAACAGACACAAGCAAUGUCACCAAAUCAGUACCUCCAUUAAAACUAAAAAUACCUAAUCUAAAAUUUAAACUUCAACCCGAAGCGAAUGGAAGUGAUUUAGGGGAAGGAACAUCUAAACCCCAGCUCAAUGACCUGGAUAAAGUAGGAACGACGUCGGACUCGGAUACAGACUCUGAUGAUAGUGGAAGUUCUGAUAAUGAUAGUAGUAAUGAUUCAGAUCGGGAUCAGUCGCAAGGUUCACAAAAUGACAGCCGUGAUAAUGGUGAACAUGGUGAAAAACACAGUCUGGAUUCGGAGUCGAUGGACGAAGCUGGAACUAGAAAGAAACGUCGAUUGGUGACAGAUGAAUCGGAACUACGUAUACCAUUAGAACAUAGCUGGUUGCGUCAGACUACCAUACACACGAUGGGCAGACGCGGUAUCGUGGGAGAAGUUCUAUAUUUUGCUCCAUGUGGAAAGAAAAUGAGGACAAUUCCUGAUGUCAUAAGGUAUCUGGAUCGUCACAAUAUAACUGAUCUCACUCGCGAUAAUUUCACCUUUAAUACCAAGGUCAACGUUGGAGAGUUCUUCGAGCUGCUUCAAGGUCAAACUAGUCCCGUUAAACUGUCUGAGAUUGAAGUGAUGGAACGGAUAGAGAUGUCGAGGGGGAAGCGGGCACGGAUGCAAGCUAACGCUAGAAAGAAGCGAGAGCGAUGCAUGAAACAACAAGCUCUAGCCAAACAACUGAUGGAAUUAAAUAUGAAACGCAAAUUAGAGCAAGAAGAAUUAUCUCAGAAAGCUGCUGAAAUCAAAUUCCAGAAACGUUUAGAAAGACAGAGACAGAAAAUACAGCAAAGAAGACAACAACAGUUGAAAUUAGUUAUUGAGAGACAAAAACAACAGGAACAGCUAAAACAUGCCAAACAACAGGAGAAAGUUCGCAAACAAGAACAGCUGAGAAUGGAACGAGAAAUGAAAGCUCAGCAGAUAUUGGAGGUUUGUCUUCCAGCAUAA